AAAAAAAAAAGAACAAAAUUAAAGUAAUCUAUGUUUCAAAAUAUAAGAAUUGCAACGAUAUUCCUCGCAUAUCUAAUCAUACAUAACCUCAAAAGCAAGUUUAUUUGCAAUGUGUUUUGAUACCAAAUUGAAAUAAUAAUUAUAAAUAAAGAAAGGAAAAAAAAAUCACAAAAUGAAUACGUUAGUUAAUUGCUGUAAAUAUUUUUCUAAAAUUACAUUAAAUACAACAAAGCAUCAAUAUUUUGUAAGAAAAUAUGCUGUUCAUUUAUCGGAUUAUAACAUUAAUUGGGUUAGACCUAAAAAAAUAUGCAUAACAAAACCAGAAAAAAGCGGUGACUUGGGUAUACCUCAUGAUGUAAAACCAACAGAUUUACUUUUAGGAUAUGAUAAGUCGAAAGAACUACAAGAUGCCGAUGAGAUUGUAAAAAAAUUAGUUUCAUUAGAAUUUCAACCCCGAAGAGAAAUUAUAAAUAUGAGAAGGGAAAAGAUAUUGGAACUGGUUAAAAGGCAUAAAUUAGAUCGUGGAUCAACAGAAGCUAGGAUUGCUUCAAUGACGUCCGAAAUAUUACAGUUACAAGAAAUCAUAAAAAAACAUCCUAGGGAUAAGAAGAAGAAAGUAUUUUUAAAGGAAUUAAUAGAAAAAAGAAACAAAUAUUUGAGAAUAUUACGUAAAUGGGAUUAUAAGCGUUACGAAUGGAUUUUAGAAAAAUUAAACCUUUUUUAUAAAGAAACACCUAUAAAUUCGGUUGCACCGUAUAGAAAGGAUUCUUUAAGGAAAUUAACGCAAAAGUUAUGCGAUAAAAUAAAACAAGAGAAAUUGGAUGCUUAUAAAGCGGAAUUAAAAAAACAACAGAAAUUAUUUUACAAACAAAAAAUAAAAGACUUUAUUUUUAUUAAAAACGAGGAAUUAGAAUUAGGAUUAGAACCAACUAUAACGGAGGAUGAUAUUGAAAAUAUAAAGAAAAAAUUCAAUGAGAUAAAUAACGAAGAAACGAUGUAAUAUAUGGACUAUUUAAUGACAUUAUAAAUAUAAAUUAUACGACUUAA